AUGGAACUUCAGACUAUUGGUCCAAUUACAUUAGACUCAUCAAAUUGUACUGAUUUACGUAGAGGACAGCGUGAUUACCAACCAACAACAGUGACGCAAAAAGCUAACUUGAAUACAUGCAAUCCCAGUUCAACAGCAUGCGAAUUCUAUGAUCUCUCAACAACGCAACAAAUAGAAACACGUCAAGUGGAAAUCAAUAGAAACUAUAAUAAUAACAAUACUAUACUUGAAAAAAUUAAAUAUAACUAUCAAGCAUCAUCUACAUUUUCAGCCCCCAAUCCGUCCUCUCCCAAAUUACCACCGUCAAUAUUUCAUUGUACAUCAAAUACUACUAAGGCAUCAAGCAUUACUUCUAUUUCUCCUCCUCCUCCUCCUCCUACUGCUAAUAAUAACAGCAAUAUUAAUGUAAUGAACGCCCCAAAAUCUUCACCUAUAUUACUGACGAAUAAUCGGCUUUCAGAAUUAAUAUCGAAUUGCUAUGAACAACCUACAGCGAAUCUAUCUGUUGAUUGUUCUAAUGAACAAAUAAGCUUAACAAACACUGAAAACUUUCCAUCAAAUACACUAAAUUCUUUUGUUAAUAAUAAAAUUAAUAAAUCUAAUCAAAAAGAUAAUGAGGCAAUCUAUUAUGAUCAUGUAUCAUUGAAUAAAUAUUUAAAUGAAAAUAAAGACUCUGUACAGUCUACAUUUUUGAAUCUUCCCACUACAACAUUAUCGCAUUCAACGAACAUAACAUGUUCAACAUCCAUAUCAUCAUCGUCAUCAAGCAUGAUAGAAUUGUUUUCGACUAUGAAAGAACCGAUGAAAACCAAUAAUAUUUCAUCAUUAAACAAUCCACAACAAUCAGCAAGGAAAAUAUCAAGUAGAACAACAUCACCUUCAGUGUUAACUGAACAUGAAUUAAAUAAUAAUCCUAAUAAUGAACAAUAUUUAUCUUCUGAAAUAGAACAUUCUAAGUUGUCUAAUUCUGUCGAGAAUAGAAUUAAAUAUUCAAAUAUAUUAAACAAUGAUAUUAACUUUUAUAAUAAUACUAAUCAAUCGUCAUUAAAUUCUCAACGUAAUUCGGAAUUAAACGUAAAUCUAUCGACAAAUGAUUCAUUGUUGAUAAUUAAAUCCUCUUCCUCGUCCACCUCAUCAUCAUCAUUAUUGUCAUUAAUAUCUACUUCUAUCCCAUCAGUUACACCAUCAAUAUCAUCCACAUCAUCAUCAAUGUAUCAACUGAAUUCCGUGAUCAAUAUGAAUGAACCUACUUGUGAUAGGCAUGAUUUAUAUCAUAAUGAAUCAGUACCAAUUAUGCCAUUCCCAUGUACAACUAUUACAGAGACAGUCAGUACAACUACAUGUUCCAACUUAUCAUCUGUUGAUUUUCCAGUUUGUUCUACACUUCCAAACAGUUCUUGUAUUACUACAGUAAAUUCUAUGCUACCUACAUUAUCAACAUCAAUAACUGAUCAUUCAAGUAAUAAUAAUAAUUUAUGUCAAAUGAAUAAAUUUAAUUUAUAUCAUUUACAAAAUCCAUAUUUGUUAACAAGUUUAGAAAGUUCUAAGUUUUCAAUUCAAUCGCAUUUAAAACAAUUUCCAGUAAAUCCAAUAAAUUUUGUUACAACAUGUUCGACAAACGUUACUUUUUCUACAAAUACUACUAAUACUGUCAUAAAUACUAAUACAAACAGUAAUAAUAAUAACAUUAAUGGUAAUAAUAGUGGUAAUAGUGAUGAUGAUGAUAAUGAUUGUGUUAGUGGUGAUGGUGGUCAGAGAGGUGGUGAUAGUGACAGCAAUUCAGUAAUCCAGUUAUAUCAACAACAAUCAACUGGUGUAUUAUCAAGAUUCCCUACUCCAUUAACUCUAAUGUAUGAGACUAUGAAUAAUAAAACUAGUAUCAUGAAUAAUUUUCCGAUUUCCCCUAGUGCUCCUACUUUUCCUCAUCAUCACAAUCACCAUCAAAAUCAACAUCAUCAUCAUCAUCAUCAACAUGUUCAUCAUCCAUCUCAUCUUCAGCAUCAGCAUCAUCAUCCCUAUCAACCACCACCGCCACAACAACAACAUCAACUAAAUAGAUAUCAUACGAAUAAUCCAUAUUUGAAUAAUUUACCAAUGAAAUUAUCAACAUUCAACUUGAUUUCAUCGUCAUCAUCAUCGUCGUCGUCACCAUCGAUAACAACAACACCACCGUCAUCAAUGUUUUCAUCAUCAUUAUUAUUAACAACAGAUACAACGAUAGACACUAUGACAACAACCACAAAACCAACAUUAAUUACUGAUGGGACAUUAACACCAACAAAUUUGCAAUCAACUUAUUUUCCUUAUUCAUUUGUCAGUAAUCAUAUAAUUACCAAUAGUAAUAAUAAUUCUAUUAACAAUGCUAAUAAUAAUCUAAUGGAUCGAAUUAAUACAGUAUGUGAUGAAUAUCUACCAUCAGAUUGUAGAUCAUCAGGUGGAAGUAAGAUCUAA